AGUAGCUCGGCUUGGGUUGUUUGUUUCCGGGUCACAAACAUGGCACGCUUUUGAGAAGAACAUGUGAGGCUGUGGCUGUAGUAGCAGAUCAGGAGUUAUUAAAAGAGAUCAGAUUGGAGAAAAUAUUUGUGUUGAACCAGCAUGGCGUCAGCAGAAGAGGAUUUCCCUCGUGGUGGCCCAAUCAAGAAAACCUCUGAGCAGAAAACUUCAAAAACUACAAAGCAUCAUGUGGAAGUGGACAAUCUUUUUGAGACUCGAGAACCUGUAGUGAAAAAGAAGAAGAAAGCAGCGAGUAAGCAUGAAGAUGAAAAGGUGGCCAAAAGGCAGAAAACUGAAGGAGGUCUGAAGCUUAACACAACAGCCAGUGUGGAUAUCCUCCAUAUGAAGAAUCUGAAGGUGGGCACGGUGAUGCUCGGCUGUGUGAGGGAGCUCUUAAACUUUGAGGUUGUACUUGGUCUCCCCAGUGGUCUUAAAGGCUACAUGCCUAUCUCGGGCAUUUGCGAUGCCUACACGAAGAUCUUGAGCAACGCACUGGACUCUGGGACAGAUCUCGAGGAACUUGUGUCUCCCUCGCACCUCCUCGCCCCGGGCCAGCUGGUCAGGUGUGUGGUGUCGUCUCUGGAUUUGUCCAAAGAGGGCUUUGUCAGUCUCAAAUUGUCCAUCAACCCGAAAGACGUGAACAAGGAGCUCAACUCCAGCUCUCUGAAAGCAGGCAUGACUCUGAGUGGUUGUGUGGAGAGCGUUGAGGAUCACGGUUACCUGAUAGACAUUGGAGUGAGUGGAACGAAAGCCUUCCUGCCCAAAGAGAAAGCAAAGGAUGAAGCUGAGACACCUAAAAGAGAUCUGAAGGUGGGUCAGUAUGUGACGGCUUUGCUGGAGGAGGUAAAGAACGAGGGACGCGUGGUGCGUCUUUCCGUGAACCCUACAGCUGUUAAUCAAGCCUGCGCAGAGACACAUCACGGCUGGACAUUGAGUAACCUUUCACCCGGGCUUAUGGUUCAAACCUGCAUCAAGAAGGUGACAGCUCACGGCCUGAUAGUCACAUUCCUCUCAUCUUAUACCGGCCUGGUGGACUUCAUGCACAUCGACCCAGAUAAACUGUCCACUUACAAUGUAGGGGAUGAGGUGAAAGCUCGUAUCCUGUAUGUGGAUUCAUCCUCUCGCCUGGUGGGUCUGUCUCUGCGCAGCCAUCUCCUACCACCAGGGGGCGUCAUAUUGGACAAUGUAACGAGUGAGAGAAUCGGGGAGGUGCUGAAGGGCUGCAAGAUGACUGCUGUGCACCACCACUCUGGAGCAGUGAUGGAGCUGCCAGACGGCACCACCGCCUUCGUGCACAGAAGCCAUUUGAAAGAAUCCAAUGGGGAGUUUAACCCAAACCGACUCCUUGCUCAGCCUGAACAUACAUUGAGAAUAACAGACUACAGCCCAAUUGAGCAGAUCCACGUGGCCACACUGCGCAAGGCAAUCAUCGAAGUGCCCUUCUUCAGCUAUCAAGAUAUUAAACCAGGGCAGAUAGUUGAGGGCACGGUGCAGAGCCUGGAGAAGUACGGCAUGCAUGUCAAAAUCUCAGACCAUAUUAAAGGCCUCGUUCCCAGAAUUCACCUGGCUGACAUCAUCCUCACCAACCCUGAAAAAAAGUACAAGGAAGGCAUGAGGGUUAAAUGUAAAGUUUUAUCAGUGGACUACCAAAAUAAGAAGAUCACUCUGACCAGGAAAAAGGCUCUAAUGGAGACAUCACUCCCUCUUUUCCUGUCGUACACGGACGCCCGUGUGGGUCUUGUCUCUCAUGGUUUCAUUGUCUGCAUCAAAGAUUUUGGCUGCAUCGUAAGAUUCUACGGUGAUGUUAAGGGCCUGGUGCCGACGUCUGAGCUGACCUCAGAGCCCUCCAACAACCCACAGAGUCUUUUUUACUUGGGACAGGUGGUGAAAGCCAAAGUGCUUAAGUGUGAUGCUGAAAAUGAGAAACUGCUCCUGUCCUUUAAAGCAGUGACUCAAAAUGACAUUGAGAAGGUCCAAAGUGUCAAGUUCGACUUUGAAAUCGGAAAGAAAGUGGAAGUGAUUGUACGCAAGAAAUGCCAGACUGGCCUUGAAGUGUCUAUUCUCCCAGAAGAGAUGCCUGCUCUGCUUCCCACAGUGCACCUCUCUGACCACAUGACCAACGGCCCUCUGCUGUGGGCGGGGCUACAGGAGGGAGACACCAUCUCCAAUGUUGUGUGUCUGAGCAGAAACAAGCAAAACAUUAUUCUCAGUAAGAAGCCCUCGCUGAUUGCAGCUCUAGAGGCAGAAAACUUAGUUUCGUCUUUCUCGGAGCUGCAGGUGGGGAUGGUGAUGGUGGGCUGGGUGAAGAGCAUCAUGUCCUACGGCGUCUUUGUCGACUUCCCUCACGGACUGUUUGGCCUUGCACCCAAAGCCGCCAUGAGUGAUAAGUUCAUCACAGAUACCGCAGGAGUGUUUGAGGUAGGACAGACAGUGCUGGCCAAGGUGACUAACUUGGAUGAGGAGAAGCGCCGGUUCUUGAUCAGCCUGAAGGUGUCAGAGGUGAGCUGGGCAGAGAGUGACACCCAGGCCAGACUGAUCCAGGGUCAGCGCGAAAGAAUAGCCUUCUACGACGCAAUGAGCUCGAAAGCUGACUCGGACUUGCUGCAGCAGCUCUCCUCUGUGUCACUUGGGGAUAAACUGAAGAUGACGGUCGACAUGACUAGAGAGGACGGCUCGGUCCUCCUGACCUCGGAUCAGCUCAGCCAUGCCACAGUGCUGGCCUCCAAGUACCACGUAACAGAUGUGAACACAACUCCAGGCAAUCAGGUGACUGCUGUGGUGCUUCAUGUUGACUUUUUGACCUCUGAGGUGCAUGUGUCCCUCUUGCCAAAGCUCACGGUGAAGAAAAAAACGUUAAAUAAAGACUCCCAGCACACCGCAACAAUCCAGUACAUGGACAAAGACUUUGCCGUAAUCUCAUUGGGCGACACCGGUCACCUGACUGUGAUUUCCUCAACCACUCACCUAAACGAAAUGUUCCGCUUCAAAUCAGAAAAGCUGUCCGUGGGUCGUGAUAUAACUGUGACCGUAACUGAGCCAAGCAGUGAACAUCUGGGUGGGCGAUCUCUCGUAGAAUAUCAGCUCUCACCUAAAAAAAAAAGCAGCACGUCUCAGAACAGAGGAGAAGAACACAAAUAUAAGAUUGGGGACUUUGUGACGGCGAAGAUUAAAACCGUCAAACCUCUGUGUGUACUCGUGACUUUGCCGGAUGGAGGCACGGGAAGCGUGCACGUUUCUCAGGUACACGAAUCGCCCAAAGUAGGAGGAUUCCCCACGUCGUCCCUGAAGGUCGGCACUGAAGUUAACGGAAGGGUCAUCGGCGCUCGUGAGAUCCACAGCCACAGGUUUCUCUCUAUCACACAUCCCAACUUUGUCUUCUCUCUGCCUGAGCUCACACUUCUCCCCAGUAAACUCAAUGACGAUGUGACUGUCGCCUCACUGGAGAACAAGCCAAAACUGGAGAGCUAUAAACCUGGACAGGAGAUCGUGUGCUAUGUAUCUAAAUACCUUCCACAGCCAAAGUGUCUUGUGGUUGCUGUGUCUCCGAACGUCUUUGGAUCCGUGGAGCUGCUGGCUAUGAUCAAUAAACCUAGAGAGGCAAAUCACCCACAAAAGCUCUUCAAACAUGGCCAGUGUGUCUCCGCGAAGGUCGUCGGCAUCAACCCCAAAAAGCCUCAGCAGCUCAAACUUUCCCUUACAGGGACGCACACUCUCGAGAAGGGGGUCGUUACCAUGGGCAUGGUGCGGAAAAUCAUCCCCCAGAUGGGCUUGAUUCUGAAUCUGCCGUUCGGGAAUUCCGGCUUGGCGUGUAUAACCGAUUUAACAGACGAGUACGUGGAUGCGCCGUUUGAGCAGUACAAAGAAGGCCAGGUGGUCAGAUGCUGUGUUACUGGUGAAAAAGACGGAAAGUUCCAGGUGUCCCUGCGUCUGUCCAGGAUCCACUCUGGUAAGGCCUUGCCAGUCAAAGACGUGGACAUCAGCUCUGUCUCGGAGCUCCAGGAGGGACAGAUCAUCCAAGGUUAUGUAAAGAACGUUGGAGAAAAGGGCAUAUUUGUGAGGUUAUCCAGAUCAGUCACGGGAAGAGUCCUGUUCCAAUACGCCACAAACUACUUUGCAAGCGACUCUGACCUGUUCCCCAAACACGUCUCCCAGAAUGCACUGCUGACAACCAAAGUUCUCCACAUUGACGCACACACCGGCCAUGUGGACCUCUCCUUGCUCCCAGAGGACACUGGAAAAGCAGACAUUCUCCCAGAAUCCCUUGGGCUUCCGUUGCGCCUGAGGGGAAAGGAAAAGGAGGAGUAUGACAAGAAGAAUGCCACAAAGAAGCGCAAGAUGUCUGAGAGCAAGCAGAACGAAGCGGGACAACCGAAGAAACUAAAGAAAGAAGAAAAGGAUGCAGAGAUCAAGAAGAAAAAGCAAUUAACGAAGGAGAAGGAGCCGAAGAAGGAGCAAGCUGAAGAUCAGGAUAGUGGAGUUGAGGUGUAUUUUAGAGAAAAAGACAAGGACAAAGCAAAGAAAAAGGGUAAAAGAGAGACUGCAGCUCCAGAAGAGCCAGGCAGGCUACAAGUAGCAUCUGAUUUCUCCUGGGACAUAGCGCUGAGCUCUCUCAAACCUGCAUCUUCUGCCCAAAACGCGUACGAGUCCAGCGAUGAUGAGCAAGAAGAUCACAGCAAGACAGCGAAGAAGUCACGGCGGGAGGCGGAGAUGGAGCGUAAGGAGGCAGAGCUCAGGCUCAGCAAGCUGGAGGCGGAGCUCAUGGAGCCCUCGGCCCGACCGGAGAGCGCAGAGGCGUUUGAGCGGCUGCUGCUCUCGUCCCCAGACUCGUCUCUGCUCUGGCUGCAGUACAUGGCCUUCCAGCUGCAGGCCACACAGAUCGAGCAGGCUCGCGCUGUAGCCGAGAGAGCCCUCAAAACCAUCUCCUUCAGGGAGGAACAGGAGAAGCUGAACGUGUGGGUAGCUCUGCUCAACCUGGAGAACAUGUACGGUACUGAAGAGAGCCUUCAGAAAGUGUUUGAGCGAGCCAUUCAGUACUGCGAGCCCCUGCCUGUCUACCAGCAGCUGGCAGAUAUUUACGCCAAGUCCAACAAGAUCAAGGAAGCAGAGAACUUGUAUAAGAACAUGGUGAAGCGCUUCAAGCAAGAGAAGGCCGUGUGGCAAAGUUACGGGUCCUUCUUGCUGCGUCAGGGACAGAGCGACGCAGCCAAUGCUCUCCUCCAGAGGGCGCUGCAGAGUCUGUCCAAUAAAGAGCAUGUGGACUUGAUAGUAAAAUUUGCUCGGUUGGAGUUCCAGUACGGGAACGAAGAGCGAGCCAAGGCCAUGUUCGAAAAAGUCCUGAGCAGCUACCCCAAACGCACAGAUCUGUGGUCUGUCUUUAUAGACCUGAUGAUGAAACACGGCUCGCAGAAAGAUGUCAGGGCUCUCUUUGAUCGUGUGGUCCACCUGAGUGUGUCAGUGAAAAAGAUCAAGUUCUUCUUCAAGCGCUACCUGGACUACGAGAAGAAGCACGGCACACCAGAGAGCAUCCAAGCAGUCAAGCAAAAAGCUGUAGAGUAUGUGGAGUCAAAAGGGACUGAUGCUGCUAACUAGAACAGGCGGGGAUUUUGGAACCAUUAAUCAUGGGACCCAGUAAACAUGAGGACAGUAAUCCUAAUUUUGUGGGUUUGGAAGGACAGAAUGUAUCUUCAUUAUGCCAUUAUCUCCGGUUCUUGGUAAAAUUGCAUCAGUUUUGCUUGUCUGGAUUCUUUUGUGGAAUCUAAUUGACGAACUUAAUAGGAUUGAUGAACAGACAUCAGCCUUUUAACCAGAAGAAAACUGAAGCAGAUGAUUAAGAGGCUGACCAGUACAUUUUUUUUUCAAAAUAAAUGGAAUAGGAAAAUUAAAUAGGAUUAGAAGUUUUUCUUUUUUUUUUUUUUUUAACAAGUUUGUACUGAUAUCAUGAAUGCAAGAUUUUGUAACUGAAUUAAAGUGUUCCAAAUCA